AUGGCAAGAAGAAGAAGGGACGGUCUCUAUUUUGUGGCUUUCUUGUGGGUUUUGACUACUGCAAAUGGAUUGCUGUCUCCUAAAGGAGUAAACUAUGAAGUUCAAGCUUUAAUGGGAAUAAAAGCUUAUUUACAUGAUCCUCAUGGGGUUCUUGAUAAUUGGGAUGGAGAUGCUGUUGAUCCUUGUAGCUGGACCAUGGUAACUUGCUCUCCUGAGAGUCUUGUCAUUGGCUUGGGAACUCCUAGCCAGAAUUUAUCUGGAACUCUUUCUCCAACUAUUGGCAACUUGACAAAUCUUCAGACUGUGCUCCUGCAGAGCAAUAAUAUUACAGGACCAAUUCCUGCAGAGAUAGGAAGGCUCUCGAAGCUGCACACACUUGAUCUUUCUGAUAAUUUCUUUACCGGGGAAAUUCCUUCCUCUUUAGGCCAUCUGAGGAGCCUAGAGUACAUGAAGCUAAAUAAUAACAGUCUCUCUGGAGAAUUCCCAACGUCAUUGGCUAACAUGACCCAGCUUGUGUUACUUGACUUGUCAUUCAAUAAUCUGAGUGGCCCUGUACCAAGAUUUCCUACCAAAACAUUCAGCAUUGCUGGAAACCCUCUAAUCUGUCCAACAGGUUCUGAACCAGAAUGCUUUGGGACAACGCUAAUGCCAAUGUCCAUGAACUUGAAUAGCACACAAAGUAAGGAAACUGGACUGUGCAAUCCCAAUUCAAUGAUAUUUCCAUUCAUGAUCUGUAACUUGCUCUGGAUUGAUCAUGAUAGUAAUUUCAUCACAUCUUAA